AAACUACCAGCGCAAAACCCUUGGCAACGAGAAAGAGAAGGAGAACGAGAGCGAAAACCCUCAUUCUCGCUCCUCCGCCACCAUGGGCAACUUCCGGAAGCUCGGCCGCCCCGCCGCCCACCGCCUCUCGAUGCUCCGAACCAUGGUAUCCCAGCUUGUCAAGCAUGAGCGAAUCGAGACCACUGUUGCCAAGGCCAAAGAAGUUCGUAGGGUGGCUGAUCGAAUGGUGCAGCUGGGGAAAGAGGGAACAUUAGCUGCUUCACGUCGUGCUGCUGCAUUUGUUCGUGGAGAUGAUGUUCUCCAUAAGUUGUUCAGUGAGCUGGCUUAUCGCUACAAAGACCGAGCUGGUGGCUACACAAGAUUGCUUCGGACUCGGAUUAGAAUGGGAGAUGCCGCUCCUAUGGCUUAUAUCGAAUUUGUUGACCGGGAAAAUGAACUGCGAGAAGCCAAAGCUCCAGCACCGCAACCACCACAGAGGACCCCGCUCGAUCCAUGGAAAAAGUCUCAAGCUAGCAAACAAUGGGCUUCUCCUAAAGAAGAGAAAACCUCCGGUUCGGAAGACUGAAACUCAUCAGUUAUAUUCCUUCGAUAAUAAGAAUGUCAUUUCUUGUAAAAUCGUCACACAAUAUAUGCGAUUAAAGCGUGUUGUACCAGUCGGAAUUAGAUAGCAGACUAAUUUGUUUCAUGUUAAAAUUUUCCUUCCU